AAUCUGUGUUUACUAUUUAGCCAGCCAGUCAUAUCGAUUGCGGGCGCCAAGUAAAGAGGUCCUAGUCCUAUCUCAUUAAUUAAUUUGAACUCCGAAGUGCGACCUCAUUUCAUUAAAAUAAAAUGAAAUUGCUUCUCUUUUUGUUGUUGGUGGUUGCGGUGGGGGCCAAUGCCGCCUAUUUGUUUACUCCGAUUAAUAAGUGGGAGUCUACUGAUAUUGGCUCCCCAUAUAUCCCUCCUCCAGCGGUACCCGUGCCCACCAUAGUUCCAUUCAGCCGAGUGGCCUGCUCCGGCGACGCCUGCGACACCGUCUGUGAGGCUCUCGGCUACAACCACGGAUUCUGCUCCAAUUCUAUAAUUUGCCAUUGCUAUGAUUAAAAUAAAUUCAAAGAAUAACUAA